AUGUCUUCAAAACUGACGAAAAAAUUCAGGAAUUCUACUCUAGGAAUUUCCUUGAAUCGAGUAUCACCAAUGAUAACUUCAGAUAAAUCGAUUUUGCAGAAAUCUUUUCAGAAUCAAUAUUCCGUAGUCAGACCUGGUAUUCUUUCUGUAACAGUCCUAGAAGCUAUAGAUUUAAGUCUUCCACCUGGUAUUUCUUCACCAGAGCCAGUAUCGUCUUCAGAAAGGCAUUCUUAUGCAAUGGAUGAAAAAAAUGAGUCUCAUGGCCGUUCUUUGUCUUUUCCGUAUCUCGUUCUUGAGUUUGAUAGGAACCAAGUUUUGGUUGAUGCUUUGGCUGGAUCCAGUACAGUUUGUCAUCCUCGAUGGGAGUAUAAAGUAAAUUUCGAUGUUUUAAAGCCUUCUCAGCUUUCUAUUCAGUGUUAUUUGCGUCAAACUCAAAUACAGAAAGGAGAUGGUUCUGGGAAUUAUAUAUAUUUAGGUGGAAUAAAAUUUUUUCCUAGUUUUUCUGAAAUUUCAUUUAUGGAUGAAUGGAUGCCUAUCCAUAAUGGAACUGGGCAAAUAAGGUUGCAAGUCGCUUAUAAGUCAAAUAAGAAUUCUGUUACAAUAGAUUCAUUUAAAUUGCUUAAAGUUGUAGGUAGAGGCUCAUUUGGGAAGGUAUUACAAGUACGGAAAAUUGAUACCUCGCGCAUUUAUGCUCUUAAAACAAUUAGAAAGGCACAUAUUGUUUCACGGUCUGAAGUAAAUCAUACUUUAGCUGAACGUACUGUUCUUGCUCAAAUUGAUAAUCCUUUUAUUGUUCCUUUGAAAUUUUCUUUUCAAACGUCUGAGAAACUUUAUUUGGUUCUUGCUUUUAUUAAUGGUGGUGAGCUUUUUUAUCAUCUUCAACGUGAAGGACAUUUUGAUCUUUAUCGGUCAAGAUUUUACGCUGCAGAGCUUCUUUGUGCAUUAGAGUGUUUGCAUAGUUUUAAUGUGAUUUAUCGUGAUUUAAAGCCUGAAAAUAUUUUAUUAGAUUAUAUUGGUCAUAUUGCUUUAUGUGAUUUUGGUUUAUGUAAAUUGAAUAUGACGGAAUCCGAAAAAACGAAUACAUUUUGCGGUACACCAGAGUACUUGGCACCUGAACUUUUAUUGGGUCAGGGAUAUACUAAGGCUGUAGAUUGGUGGACAUUGGGUGUUCUCCUAUAUGAAAUGCUUACUGGACUUCCUCCAUUUUAUAAUGAAAAUACAAAUGAAAUGUACCGCAAAAUUUUACAAGAUCCUUUAAAAUUCCCAGAUGAUAUUGACAAAGAUGCAAGGAGCCUAUUAACAGGCCUUUUAAUACGUAAUCCUGAGAAAAGACUGGGUAAUACUGGCGCUUCAGAGAUUAAAUCCCAUCCUUUUUUUUCUAGUAUCGAUUGGAAGAAAUUAUAUGCAAAAAAGAUACAGCCUCCAUUUAAACCAAAUGUGGAAAAUGCUGUUGAUACAAGCAAUUUUGAUCAAGAGUUUACAAACGAAACACCUAUUGAUUCUGUUGUAGAUGAUUCACAUUUAUCUGAAACAAUUCAGCGAAAAUUUCAGAAUUGGAGCUAUCACGGGUCAAAUGUAAUUGAUAAUUGUAAUAAUGCGGUUAAUGAGGGUCUUGGGAAUGUUAGGGAAUAG